CAGGUCGACGUCUGAAUGAUUCGGCUGGUGCAUAGGACGAUGUAUUUUUAUUAUUCUAAUUAAUCAGUUAAAUAAUUGCCGGCUUGUCCACUACAGUGAUAGUGACAAGUCAAUAAGGCACCAAAUUAUUUAUUUUGUCCCAUUCGUUUUCGUUACGUUCAUGACAUAACCUUAAAGUUCCUACUUAUUUUAUUCUUAUGUAAAUUCGUGAAUAUUUGAAUUAACAAUGGAAAGUGAAGCGAAAAAUGUGAUUCGAGUUGGUUCGAGAAAAAGUGAGCUGGCUCUGAUACAAACCAACUAUGUCAUUGACUGCCUGAAAAAAGUACACCCUGAAAAGGAAUUUACAGUAGUUACCAUGACAACGCUGGGAGACCGUAUACUAGACGUGUCGUUGCCGAAGAUAGGAGAGAAGUCUUUAUUCACCAAAGACCUUGAAGACGCACUGAGGAAUGAUACAGUGGACUUCGUGGUGCAUUCCCUGAAGGACCUACCUACCACCUUACCCGAUGGUCUGGCUAUUGGUGCUGUGUUUGAAAGAGAAGACCCGAGAGACGCAUUGGUUCUUCGAGAGGACUUCAAAGACCACACACUGGCUACAUUGCCUGAAGGAUCCGUUAUAGGUACAUCAUCACUACGUCGCACCGCUCAACUGCGCGGUUCGUACCCGCAGUUGUCUGUCGCAGACGUGCGCGGCAACCUCAACACGCGACUACGCAAACUGGACACGUCUGGACAAUACACCGCGCUGCUAUUGGCUAGCGCUGGCUUGCAACGCAUGGGAUGGAAGGACCGGAUAUCUAAGGUUUUGCCUUGCGCGGACAUGAAAUACGCAGUAGGACAGGGUGCCCUGGCCGUGGAGUGUCGGUCGGACAACACGAACAUUCUGAACAUGUUGGCGCCCUUCAACCAUCCAGAGACUUACUGCAGGAUCCUCGCGGAGAGGAGCUUCCUAAAGACUUUAGGUGGAGGUUGUAGUGCUCCGGUCGGCGUCUCCACGACCCUAAAGCCAGUAGACUCCCAGUUCAGAUUGUCCCUAACUGGAGCAGUUUGGAGUAUGGACGGCAAAACCAAACUAGACCACACCCUUCAACAAACAUUCACACAAAUCAGACGCACACAGAAACACAAACUUAGUCCUACAGAAGAAUCAGAAUGCAAAAAAGUAAAAAUAGACAAUGGCGAGUCCAAAAAUGAAAUCCUAAACCCUAAUGAAGUACUUAAAGAUAAUGUUGUAGGUAAAUCUGUUAGUCAAGAUAAAGAGGGCGACAGUGACAAUCGCAUUUUCUGCGGGUUAACUAUAAACACAACUAUACCCGUAGACGUUAUAAUCAAAUGUGAUAAUCUAGGUAAAGAUGUAGCCAACGCCCUCAUUGAGAAAGGUGCUUUAGAUGUCAUGAAGGUUACUCAAGAUAUCAUAAGAAGUUCCACAGCCGCUAAAAUAUCAUGAUUAAAACCUUUUUCUAGUGAGAAGGCUGUAUGGAUGUAUGUCUUGUUGUAUAAAAGUUUAGUGACACAAGUGGCCUUAUAAAAUCUUUUUUAUCUGUGCAAAUGUGUUUAGGAACAAAUUGUAGGUAUCAUAAGUAUAUUUAAUAUUGUUUAAAAUUCAUCUAGUUUAAUUUAUGCCAUAAUGGCCAAUUUUAUACAGAUUCAUAAACUAUGUAUAUUUGUACAUAAAUCUUAUUGUAAAAAGUGAAAUCGGUUUGUAAAUUGGGAUUUAUCAAACAACCUUCCACGACUUUAUGUCUGUAGCAAUAAGGGCGACUUUCGUAGUAAUUCUAAUUUCAUAAAUAUCUUUGCGUACAAUAUCCAAAUCCAACUCACAUAUACAUUAUACAUAUUCUGUCAAGGGACUUUGAUCUCUAUAGCCUUAGUAAUAAAGUUACAAUAGUUAAUUACUUCAAAAUCGUCCUUAUGUCUUUAGGUGAAUUGUUUUUUUUUUUAAUAUUUUAUCGUUGUUUGGCAUAAAGAUGACUGACUUAUACAACGAUAUUUGUUUUAGUUUAUUAAAUUUACCUAUUGCAAAUAUUUUAUUGAUGGGUGAGUAGCAAAUAAAUGGAGAACAUGUUGCUAACUACAUAAUAUUAAGUAAUUCUCGUGUUCAGGCUGAAGGCUCCUUGAAACAAUAUUGUCAUUUAUUAGAAUACAAUUAGGGAUGAUCCCUAAAAUAUUAUAUCCGUAUUACUGUUGACUGCACGGUUCGCGCGGUAGCUGGGCAACUGGCUGCCACGCAACGUGUCGCGAGUUCACUUCCCGCAC